AUGGGAGAAGAAAAAAAAGAGAAGAAGGAAAAGAAAGAGAAGAAAGAGAAAAAAGAGAAAGAAAAAGAAGAUGAACCAGUUGAAGAUAAAAAAGAAACUACAACCGGUAGUAGUGGUGGAGGGAAAAGAGCUCAAAGAGCUACUUCAAAUGUAUUUGGAAUGUUCCCACAGAAUCAAAUACAAGAAUUUAAAGAGGCAUUUACACUAAUUGAUCAAAAUCGUGAUGGAUUCAUUGAUAUUGAAGACUUGAAAGAUAUGUACGCCUCAUUAGGUCGUACUGCAACUGAUAAAGAAUUGAAAGAAAUGUUAGAUGAAUCACCUGGCCCAUUAAAUUUCACAAUGUUUAUAAAUCUAUUUGGUGAAAAAUUGAACGGAACUGACCCUGAAGAUGCACUUCGCAAUGCCUUUGCCAUGUUCGAUCCAGGGAACAAACGAUACCUAGAAGAGGAAUAUAUUAAAGAUCUUCUACAAAAUAUGGGUGAUAAUUUCAGUGCUGAAGAGAUAAGACAAACAUGGAAGGAAGCACCAAUCAAAGAAGGCCAAUUAGACUAUGAUAAAUUUGUAACUCUCAUCAAGAGAGGUAAUCAAGAUGAUGCAUAAAAAAAAACUGUUUAGUUGAAGAGGGAGAAUUAAAUAUCAAAAGUAAUGUAAUCCUCCCUCCAUCUUCAAUCCAUUUACCCUUUGCUAUGAUAUCUUAAUAAUAAUAAUUAUAAUUUUUAAAAAAAUAUUUCCCCUAUGUUCACAUCAUAUUACUAAAUAUAUGCUUCCCCCUCUUCUCUGUCUUGUUCUAAUCUUAACAAUAUUGAUAUGUGUGUCUAUUUGAAUUUCUUUUAUUCUCAUUUAAGAAAAAUACCUUCUAUUUCGUCUUCUUUUAAUUCAAUCUGAAAGUGAUUCAUUUGGUAUUUAUUUUAUUUUUAUUUUCGGUCUGUUGACUGGAGAUUUAUUUAGCCCUAUUUCUGUUUAUUUAGACUUUUCUCAACGCUUCUCUGUCUCAAUUAUGUCAUUCCGUAAGGAGUUGUAGUUGUUAUUUCUUUCCAAUGAUCCAUAUAUAUACAUAUUAAUUCUAUUUUACGAAAUGGCAGGAAUUUUGAUAGAAAAUGAAAAGUAUAGGCAAUGUUAAGAAAAAAAUAGCCGUUGUAUUUAAGUCUGUGGAUUGUUUCUGGUAGAUAGAAAUGCAAGGAUAUUCUCUUAAUGUCAGCCAGCCUGUCAUUAGUUAGAUUUAUUAUGGAAAAAUAUUAAUUUCUUAAUAAUAAUUUAAGAAGAAGUUUGAACCAUCUUAAUCUGUCUGUCCUACUUUUUCUUAUCCACUACUACUACUACUUUUCUUCUCCUUGAAAUGUGUGUGUUUUUGACAAAAAGCAAGAAAGAAGAAAUACUUCGAUUUAGCUUUGAAACCUUUCAUCAUCGAUUCUUGUAUCAAGCAUUUACUCAAAGGAGAGGACAUUCCACUAAAAAAAAAACAAUGUCCAUGAUUGUGUUUGAUUUAUUGGUGACGCUAAAAUAACCUUCAUCAUUAUAUACACACAUACAUGUAUAAGUUGGGGAUUACUUGAAAAACUGAAACAUGCUCACUACCGUGAAUGUUUUUUGCUUUUUGCUACCACCCAAUGAAGGAAACCUGAUCUGUGAAUGUUGUGUAUAGAUAGGAUCAUUUCAGUAACUAAUAAACAACAUCAAUUAUUGGACAAUUUGAUCGGAAAUAUAUAUUUUUUUUCUGUUUGGAGAUUAACUUAUUUCGAUGUGUUAUUCUCCGUAAAUUAAGCGUUGAUCUUGAACGAUGAUGAUCCCGAUUACAUUGGAAUACACACCGAUGAAAAAAGGUGUUUUUCAAUUAGGGUUGGUUCACUGCUUUCGAAGUCAUUUCCCUUCUAAUAGUUAAAAAAGUCAAAGUAUUUAUUUAUAUUACUGACUUUUAUAUUAAGUAGUGUGUGUGGUUGUCAGAAUGUUUGAAGUGAGUGAUAUCUCGGUACUAUUUCUCUUCACUACUUUUAGUUUUCUUUACCUGAAAUAACUUGUACACAUCAGUUUUUUGAAAUUGUUUAUUAUUUCUCUUUUUGUUUCAUUUCUUUCCAUUUUAUGCUAUGAAAAUGUCUAAAUUCAUUUUGAAAAAAAGUUAGUUAAUUCAAUCUAAUAAAUAAAGCCUCUAGUUCUUUA